AUGCCCCGAGAUUGGGCGCCCGCCAACCAACGGCUGCGGCGGGCACACAGAAGCCCAGUGUCCACCCCGCCCUCUCGCUGGCGGCGCCGAGCGAGCUGCGCUAAGCUCCGCCAGGCGAGCCCUCGGCGCUCCCGGGUCGCUGGAAGCCCGGGCCGGCGAGGACUCCCCCUGGCGCUCCCCGAGUGCGCUGGGCAGCGGGGGGAGUGGAGCAACUCUUUGCAGGCAGACGAGAGCGCUGCAUUUCAGCACACUGGGCUUGGUGAUGUUGAGAAGGGAAAGAAGAUUUUUGUUCAGAAGUGUGCCCAGUGCCAUACUGUGGAAAAGGGAGGCAAGCACAAGACUGGGCCAAAUCUCCAUGGCCUGUUUGGGCGGAAGACAGGUCAGGCUGUCGGAUUCUCUUACACAGAUGCCAACAAGAACAAAGGCAUCACCUGGGGAGAGGAGACACUGAUGGAGUAUUUGGAGAAUCCCAAGAAGUACAUCCCUGGAACAAAAAUGAUCUUCGCUGGCAUUAAGAAGAAGGGAGAAAGGGCAGACUUGAUAGCUUAUCUCGAAAAAGCUACUAAUGAGUAAUAGUUGGCCACUGCCUUAUUUAUUAUGGAACAAGUGUCUCAUGACUUUUUAUGUGUACCGUAUUUAAAUGGAUCUCAUACACUGGAAUUCAGAUCAUGAAUGGCUGAUGUAAUAUUUCUGUCCUGAUUUAAAUAAGAUUGGCUCGUGGCUAAAUGAAUAUGGUCAGCUUUUUGAAUUUUGAUAGUAAUUCUGGUUCAGCAAGUACUAUCACUAUUUUCCCCUUCUAAAGAGGUGAUUAAACUUGAAUAAGGAAUGUUACACUUUUCAGGGAUAUGGUGAAUGCCUUCUCAAACCCUAUCGGAGAUUGGUUUUAUAUUUAGAUUUCUAUAACUGGUUAUAUUAAUACACUUAAAUAUUGAGAAGCUCCCUUUACUGUCUCAUAGACCAGCAAGAUUCACCUGUGUUUAAAGUUGUGUUCAAUCACCUGUUAAGGCAAGGGCUGAAGAUACACUGACA